GGACCUAAGCCAUAUACAGAACGUAUUCGCUUCGUCUUGCUUAGAUGGCACAUGAAAUUAGGAGGAAGAUGCAUUGUCUUGACGUACUGCAUGCUUCGGUCCUCGCGUUUCGCUUUCUCUGUUGAUGGAUUGUGAUUGUUUGGUCUGUUUGUAAUUCUUGGCGUGAAUAUGAGUUCAUUGCGGAUAAGGUUAAGGUUGCUACACCUCACUAGUGAAAUAGCUUAUUUGGCUGGUGAAGCUUAAAAGCUUUGAUUCCUCGACUACUGGCCAGAAUUUAUAUCAUCUUUCACCACUUAAUUACUUCUCAUAUCUAAUCUCUGUACGCUACGUACCAGUAUUAACAUUUAAAGACCUUCGUAUUUCCUCAAUCCGAGAACUUUUACUUUACCCAACUCACUACUUCAUAAUGUCCAGCCGGCAGAGCUUCGUCGCCAUCGCAGGCGCAACAGGCAAUCUAGGCUCCCAGAUUGCCCUGGAUCUACGCAAGAGAAAUGUAGCAGUUAAAGCCCUUGUGCGUCCCGGUAUUGCAGCAUCCCGCACCCAAAAUUUACAAGAUGCCGGUGUCGCAAUAGCAGAAGUCAACAUGAACGAUGUUCCAGCCAUCACAGAAGCUAUCACAGGUGCUACAACAGUCGUCUCGUCACUUCAAGGUCUCCGAGACGUUAUACUGGAUGUUCAAGGAAGACUUCUCGAAGCUUCUGUUGCUGCGAAUGUACAGCGAUUCAUCCCAUCCGAUUAUGCAUUGGAUUUCACCAAAUGUGAACCAGGCACCAACCGAAAUUUAGAUUUGCGUCGUGAAUUUCAUGCUAAACUCGAUGCAUCGGGUAUUCAAUGGACGACCAUACUGAAUGGUGCCUUCAUGGAACUUCUGACGACCGGUCAAUUGCCAGUUAUCAACGAUAGAUGGCAUCGUAUUAUGUAUUUCGGUAGCGCAGAUCAGAAGCUCGAUUACACAAUUAUUCCAGACGUGGCUGCUUACACGGCUGCUGUGGCUGCGGAUCCAAAUCCAACACCAAAGUUCCUACGUAUCGCAGGAAGCUCCGUCAGUGCGAAGGAUUUGGCCGAAAUUGUAACGAAGGUACGUGGUGAGCAGUAUACACCGAUGUGGAUAGGCAGUGUUGGACUCCUUCGGAUGCUUAUCUGGAUAUUGAAAUUUGUGAUUGGGGGUGUAGAGGAUAAAUUGUUUCCUCCCUGGCAGGGGAUGCAAUAUUUGGAAAAUAUGGUCUCGGGAAAGGGCAAGCUGGAUCCUCUUGAUAAUGAUAGGUAUCCUGAUGUGGAGUUUACGACGGUGGAGAAAGCUCUUGUAGAAGCAGAUGCUGAGAAGAAAAAGAAGAAGUAGGCUUGAACAAAGGGAAUGAGAUAUCAAACGGGUCUCCUGUACGCAUGAUAUGUGAGCAUCAGAGUUCGGUUGGUGGCUUUUGAUAUCGAUUUGUUGGUCUACUUGGUAACAAAAUUCGAGCACAUAAUUAACUUUGUUUCUUCAUAUCAAAUAACUAUGUGACAGAUAUUUCGAGAUAGCACUAUUCUGUUAUGAUGGAUAUGUCAUUUCCAUAAGCAUCAAGAAUGCUCAUAGAAUUAUCCAGCCUU